GCAUUUCGGAGCUGCCACGAACGCGUCCGGAACCGAGGACCGGCAUCAUGGACCCGCGAGCCUCCGAAUUGCUGAAGCCGGACUUGGGCCCGUUACCACUCGACGCCGCCUUUGGCGACGAGAGCGCGCUGCACGAGCAUGCGCCGAAGCGGCCCAAGACGACGCCCUUCCACGACGCCCAUGGCCCGCCCAAGCGAGUGCAAUGCCUGGACCCGGAGCACAUGCGGCAAAAGACCGCCAAGUGCGCGGUCUGCGCCAUCUGCCGCUUCUGCCCCGCCGGCCGCGACGAGUGUUUUGCCAACCACCGCGUCUUGCGGCCGAUGAUCCAGCGCAGCCGCCCGCCCCGAGCCAAAGUGUACCUCUGUGACGACGAAGAGCACCACCAGAAGAAGACGCACCGCGGCCGCUGCGAGCGCUGCCUCAAGUGCAAGUGGUGCCCGCCGCUCGUUGACGAGUGCAAGGAGUUCCAUGUCGACCCCGAGACGUGCACGACACCAUGUUCGGUCGAACGCCAAGAAAAGACGGCGCGCCUCGAGUCGCUCCUCGCGAUCCUUGGCGUCGACGAACACAAGGCGCAGAUCAUCAAGGCCAAGGACCUCCACGGACCUACGAUCAAACGGCGACAGGCGAGCGACCUAUUGCGGCAAAUCGUACACCUCAUCGCCGACCUUGUUGUCGAGUCGGACAAGGCCGACGGAGGCGCCGCGGUCGCCCAGCUCCUCGACGAUCUCGCGGCCGAGCUCGAAGCCAACCCCAUUCUCCAGCCGCAUCCAGACGACGUAUCGAUGGAGGCGCUCCAGGCUACCUCGCAGACUGUAGAUCUUUCGACGGACGGCGAAAGCCACCAUUUAGCGUUCAACAUUUAACGACCUUUUAUCUUGUUCGCCGCCAAAA